AUGUCGGACUCCGACAGCGAGGAGGACGAGGGCGGCGAGAGCCGGGCGGCGCCCUUCUCCUUGGCCGGCUUCCUCUUCGGCAACAUCAACGAGCAGGGCCAGCUCGAGGGCGAGGGGCUCCUCGACCAGGUGGGCGCUUCUCCGGGGUGGGGCUUACUGGUCCGGGGGGGCAGGGGCGAAGGGAGGGGGGGCUGGCUAGCUAGCCGUGUCAAGGUAAAGGGGGCGCGGGGCACAGUGGGAGGGGCCGAGUUGAAAGGGGGAGGGGGACACCUGUCAAGCUGGGUCGAAUUGGAAUGGGGGGCCCAGGGGAAAGGAGUCAAAAAACAUUUGGCCGGACUUGGGCAUUGGUCUGGGGACCUCAUAACAGAAAUCACAGCCAGCGAAGAUGAUGCUUCUGAGUCAGACGGAGCCCAGUUGGAUGAGGAAGGCUGGGUUAAGAGCACCGAGGAUGCUGUCGAUUAUUCUGACAUCACCGAAGUGGCCGAAGAUGAGAGCCGCAGGUACCGGCAGGCAAUGGGCAACCUUCAGCCAUUUCAGAGGGCAGAUGAUGAUGAUGAUGACGAUUAUGAUGCUGACUCCGAAGAUAUUGACUCCAAGCUGAUGCCUCCCCCGCCACCACCUCCAGGGCCAAUGAGAAAAGAGGACGAAAAGGAUGAAAGUGCUUCUGGGUCUGAAGACAACGAUGGUAUCAUCCUUCCAUCCAUCAUUGCACCUUCAUCCGCUGCCUUGGAGAAGAAUGACUUCAGCAGCUCUUCGGAUUCUGAAUCGGAGUCGGGGUCCCAGGACUCACGGAAGGCAGAGUCCAGCGACAGCAGACUUACGCUGCCCCUUGCAGGGAUAAUGCAGCAGGAUACCACCAAGCAGCUGCCAAGUGUCACGGAUCUGUUCCCCGAGUUCAGACCAGGCAAGGUAGGGCAGUGUGAGCAAAGCAAAUUCCACGCCAGGGGCAAAUACCACAACAGGGAUAUUCAAACCUGA